CUACUUCUUUAUUGAUCUCAACAUAAUGUCAGUUCACAGAGAAAAGAUCGACCUUGCGUCUCUCCCACACCACUACGACAAGCCUGUCAGUUUGGCAAUUAUUGGUGGUACUGGUUUUUAUGAUUUACCAAACAUUAACCCAGUUGCAAGAUUAACUGUAUCUACACCAUGGGGGUUCCCAUCUUCUCCUAUUACCAUCUCUGAAACCGCUGAUGGUGUUCCAGUAGCUUUCUUGGCUAGACAUGGUCUUCACCACGACUUGUUACCUUCUGAUGUCCCAAGCAGAGCUAACAUCGCCGCUUUGAAGAAAAUUGGUGUCAAGGCAAUUGUUGCCUUUUCUGCUGUGGGUUCCUUACAACAAGAAAUCUUACCUCGUGAUUUUGUUCUUCCAACACAAGUUAUUGACAGAACUAAGGGAAUUCGUCCUCAUACAUUUUUCGAAAAGGGUUUUGUUGCUCAUGCUAUGUUUGGUGAACCAUUUGACUUAAAAUUAAACAAACUUAUCAGUGAAAAUGUUCCACAAACUGGAUUUUUAGAACAGUUUGACUCUAAGCAUGUUCCAACUUUCCAUACUAAGCACACUACUAAUAAGGGUGAAGAUUUGACUGUCAUUUGUAUGGAAGGUCCUCAAUUCAGUACCAGAGCUGAACUGAAACUCUAUAGAACUUGGGGUGGAUCUGUCAUCAAUAUGUCUGUCUUACCAGAAGGUAAGCUUGCUAGAGAAGCCGAAAUUGCUUACCAAAUGAUCUGUAUGUCUACUGAUUACGAUUCAUGGAAUGAAUCCGAGGAACCAGUUACUGUUGAAACCGUUGUUGGAAACUUGAAGUCAAAUGGUGCCAAUGCUGCUAAGUUGGCUGCUCAUUUGAUUGCUGUCAUCAGUAAGGACUUGAAAGAGGGAACUAGUGGAAUUGGUGAAGAUUUAGUUGGUACUAUGAAGUAUUCUGUCAGUACUAGUCCACAUGGAGUUAAGAAGGAACUUUUGGAAAAAAUGCACUUCCUUUUACCAGGUUACUGGCCAGUUCAUUAAAUUGACUAUAUAGAGAUAUCUUAAAUUGGUAGAUUGACCUAAUUUUCACUACUAUUUUAAGAUUACACCUUACA